AUGCCUGGCCUGGAGAUUCCUGGAGAUUUCUUGCGGCAUGCAGUUCUGGAAACUGUUGUGCCUCAUUCCCCGGGACUUGAUCUAGAGGGGGCCCUGACCUCCGCGCUAGAGGAGGGCGCAGAUGAUCUACCAUCCGUCCUUGCCUCAAUUCCUCAGCGCUCUAUUCUUUUCUUCGAUGAAACUUUACCCGUUCGCAUCGUCCUACGGCUCUCCGACUGUACUGAAGCUACCUUAAGGCAUUAUUUGCCUGGCCUGGAAGUUAGGCUCGAUGUAUAUGCCGUUGAUCCAGCAGAAUCCGUUGCAGAGAACCCCACACCUACUCGAGAGGCCAUAUUUUCGGGGGUCGUGGAUCUAGAUGAGGAACCACUGGUGGUUUUCAACGAGUUCGAAAGCGAAGAUGGUACAGCUGGAAACCAUAUUUAUCUCAUAUGGAGCAUUGACAGCUUCCUUAAGCGCCCUAGAAACCGCAUCCAGCACCCCUCGCUUUUGUUUAUUGGCUCGGCCACCUUGAACCCUUCAGAAGGCAGUCGAUCAAAAGAUCCCGAAGAUGACUACCUCCCUCCGCUUGUCCCCGCAUCGACGAACAUGUUGCAACCAUUGGCAGGCGACAAAUCUCUUGCCCACAAAGAUCCAUUCCUCCCCGCAUCCAGAUUGCUACGGGUGGUUCCCACUGCCUACAGCGAAGACCCAAUCUACAACAUCCAGCAGCAGCAUGGCCAUCCAUUUCGUGUAGUCCCUGCAGCCAGUGCAAGGAUCCGAUAUUCGCGGGCUAGCACUUACACUAGUGUUCCGACAACGAUUGCUAGCCUUGAUUUCGAGGUAACUCCGUUUCUGAACUGUGAAGUCUCAUUCGAUAAAGCAGAGUUGAAAAUAUCCGAAGGAGCCAUUGAAUCCUUGUCCAACAUUCCUGGCCUCGCUCUUCCUUUGACGUGCCGCCCCAGAGACGAUGUGACCCUGGUUUACAAACUCACACCAGAGUAUGGCCCGGAGACUAACCCUUCCUCCACCGCGGUGGUGAGUGUGCUAGAGAUCUCCCUUGGCGCAGUGAUUCUUUUGUCCGAUGGCUGUCAACCACGAAUUUCCAUGGAAUGGAAGACCAAUGUGGAUUUCUCCUUGGCUCUUAAUCCUACCUUUGGCGGACCCAGUACGGCACUACAGAGGACAAAUCGCCCCACGAGUCUAUCUGUGUCUGGCCAACCACCAUUGAUCACUGCGGGCCGUAGUUCUCUACGAGAGCGCGCCUACUCUGUUACCGAUGUAGGGGUCACUAUUUCCUUUACCGGGCCGAUACGAGUGCAAGUUGGUUCGCCAUUCACAUGGGGUGUUUUCAUUGUGAACCGCUCUAACGUGCCACGUAAAUUCGCAUUGAUCGUUAUUCCACGUCGCAAGCGAAUUGACCCGCGGGGCCAUGUUGCGCGUCCUUCCACCGCGUCUAUUUCUAGUAGAAAAGAAGACCAAGUGGCUGAAGCCGUGACAGAUGAUAAUAUUGUGCAUGCCAUGCAAAAGAGUGUUGUGGGUCAAGAAGCUGAGUUAAUCAGUUUAAGUACUGACAUCCGAGUUGGGCCCCUUCUACCUGGAACAUGCCACUCCACCGAAAUCAAAUUACUUCCACUCGCUACUGGUCCUCUGCAUCUGGAGGCUGUUCGACUAGUGGAUGUGAAUACGAAUGAAACGACGGAUAUUCGAGACUUGCCAGACAUUCUGGCUGAUGACCAACCUCGAUCUUAG